GGAAGGAGUGGAGGAGGGAAGGGGCGCUUGGGAGUCUGCUCUUGGGGUGACUCAGGUUAUGCCCUUUGAAAGAAGAGAACUGUAAAGGAAGAGUCAAAUGUUGACAGAGAUCUGCGGAUUCAGUUCCAGUUUCAUGAUGUGGCCCUUCUGAGGAGGUCAGUAUAUAUUUUGUGCCCUGUUCUUUUAUCACAAAAAAGAAAAGAAAUACUGCAGUGAAUGAAGAUUCCUCUGCAUUUUAGCAUUGCUUUUUCUACUGUAGUUGGCUUUUGAAUGAGGAUGACAAUGGAAGAGAUGAAGAAUGAAGCUGAGACCACUUCCAUGGUUUCUAUGCCCCUCUAUGCAGUCAUGUAUCCUGUUUUUAAUGAGCUAGAACGAGUAAACCUGUCAGCAGCUCAGACACUGAGAGCAGCUUUCAUUAAGGCUGAAAAAGAAAAUCCAGGACUUACACAAGACAUCAUUAUGAAAAUUUUAGAGAAAAAAAGUGUAGAAGUUAACUUCACAGAGUCCCUUCUUCGAAUGGCAGCUGAUGAUGUAGAAGAGUAUAUGAUUGAACGACCAGAGCCAGAAUUCCAGGACCUAAAUGAAAAGGCACGAGCACUUAAGCAAAUUCUCAGUAAGAUCCCAGAUGAGAUCAAUGACAGAGUGAGGUUUCUGCAGACAAUCAAGGAUAUAGCUAGUGCAAUAAAAGAACUUCUUGAUACAGUGAAUAAUGUCUUCAAGAAGUAUCAAUACCAGAACCGCAGGGCACUUGAACACCAAAAGAAAGAAUUUGUAAAGUACUCCAAAAGCUUCAGUGAUACUCUGAAAACCUAUUUUAAGGAUGGCAAGGCAAUAAAUGUGUUCAUAAGUGCCAACCGACUAAUUCAUCAAACCAACUUGAUACUUCAGACCUUCAAAACUGUGGCCUGAAAGUUGUAUAUGUUAAGAGAUGUACUUCUCAGUGGCAGUAUUGAACUGCCUUUAUCUGUAAAUUUUAAAGUUUGACUGUAUAAAUUAUCAGUCCCUCCUGAAGGGAUCUAAUCCAGGAUGUUGAAUGGGAUUAUUGCCAUCUUACACCAUAUUUUUGUAAAAUGUAGCUUAAUCAUAAUCUCACACUGAAGAUUUUGCAUCACUUUUGCUAUUAUCAUUCUUUUAAGAAUUAUAAGCCAAAAGAAUUUACGCCUUAAUGUGUCAUUAUAUAACAUUCCUUAAAAGAAUUGUAAAUAUUGGUGUUUGUUUGACAUUUUAACUUGAAAGCGAUAUGCUGCAAGAUAAUGUAUUUAACAAUAUUUGGUGGCAAAUAUUCAAUAAAUAGUUUACAUCUGUUAAACAUUUCUUUACUUGAAAAAAUACAUAUAUAUAUAUAUAUAUAUAUAUAUAUAUAUGAUCAGAAGACCAAGAUGACUUGGUGUAAUGUCUAAAGAACUUCUAACGGGAGCUUACUAGCAGUUUAUCAGAUAAUAAAGCAACAAGAAUUCU